GAGGCUGUCGUCUAACACGUAAGAUAAGAGCAGAUGUGAUGAGUCGAAGCCAGCGCCUCAUAUCUGCUCCUUCACUCUCGGAGAUAAAGCCGCUUCGCCGCGGCGACGUCAGCGGCUCUUUCGCGCCCUUUCCCUGUCUCCGCUGACAGGAACAGUGAAAAUGUGUGAAAGAGUGCAGAGAAAGGUUCGCGAGUCCGGUUAGUUUGCUGCUGAACGGCUGACAAUCAUGCAGACUCUGCUUGAAAGCAAGACUUUCUUCAUCGACACUCUGUCUGCAGAUGCCAGCUUUGUCUUACAGCAUGCUGAGCAGAGUAAAAUCAUCACCAAGCGGGAGUACAGCAACCUGAACCACCCUAACCACACCCAGGAGAACAUCAUCAUUAAUCUUCUGGACAAGGUGAUGAACAAGGGGGACGAUACAUGUCGCAGAUUCCUACAGCUACUACAGGACAACGAGCUGCAGGAGAAUUUCCCUGGGCUUAAGGAGCAUUUCAGACCUCCGCAACCAGCACUAAAGCAAGAUAAUCGAGGUCCAACGGAUGAGGAAUUUCUGUAUUCGCAGAUAGGUGAAUAUGAGAUGUCCAGCGUUCCACGUGGUCUCUGUGUGAUCAUCAACAAUAUGAAAUUUGAUCCCCCCUUUAAAUACAGGAAUGGAUCUGAUGUUGACGAAGAGUCUCUUAAUGAGGUGUUCUCCUGGCUGGGGUUCACUGUGGAGGUGCACAGGGACAAGACUGCGAAGCAGAUGAAAGAACUCCUGAAGCAGCUCAGCCAGAAGGGCCAUGAAGGUGACUGUUUUGUUUGCUGCAUCCUGAGCCAUGGUUGUGCUGAAGGGGUGCACGGCACUGAUGGAGGUGUCGUACCCAGUGAGGACAUCUUUAGUCCAUUCAGAGGAACCUCCUGCCCAAACCUGGCCGGUAAGCCAAAAGCCUUCUUCAUCCAGGCCUGCCGUGGGGAGGACUAUCAGGUCCCAGUUGAAGUCCAGGCUGAUGACCUUGGGGGAGAUGAAGCAGCACAAGCAGCAGUGUUGGAAAUGGAUGCUGUUGAGAUUAUCACCAUCCCAGCUGAUGCAGAUUUCCUUGUGGCGAGGUCAAGCGUUAAAGGCUUCUACUCAUUCAGGAACACACUUUCAGGCUCAUGGUUCAUCCAGUCUUUGUGUAAGCAGCUGAAAACAUACUGUCCAAAGGGUGAGGACGUCCAGUCUAUCCUGCUCUCCGUGAAUCAGGAAGUCAGUUUGACAGCUGGAAAAGUGAUGAUCAAAUAUAGGAUGGUCACAGCCAAACAGAUGCCAGUCCACAAAGUGACCUUGAGGAAGAAGUUGGUGUUCCGGGUGCCGUAGUACUGGUAUAUAAUAGGCAUCCUGUGUUGUCCUGGACCAGAACACGUAGGAGAGGUGCGAGGGUCAUAUGCUAUACCUUUAAAACUUCUAUAAACAGUCAUAUGCAAAAGUUUGAGCACCCCUGGUCAAACUACAUGCUUUUGUUGAUUUUUUAAGUUCUCUACAGUGAACACACUUCUGCACAUUGCAAUACACAAAUACUUUUUAUUUGCUGAAUUUAACAUACUGGGGGGAAAAAGCAGAUAAAAUGUGGCCUAUGUAAAAGUUAUUUUAUGGUUGAUUUUUUCCAGUAUGAUAAAUUCAACAAAUAGAAAUUUAAAUUAGCAGAAAGCACAUUAUUUAGGUUUAUGUGCAUGUUAACAUUUUUAUUACUUGGAAAAUCAACAAAACACUUUUUUUGUAAUUUUAAGUGUCAAAUAUAACUUCAAGCCAUGUCUGAACAUUUAAGCGCCUUAUUUUCAAUCACAUACUGACUUAUUUUAGUUUUACUUAAUAAUGCAAAAAAAACAAAACAAAACAAAACUAUGAGCCAUUACACUGUGACAUCUGUAUAAGAAUAUUUCAAGAGAUUUUUCAUGAAAAGAAAUGUUUUUUUCAUUGUUUUACAGUUUUACACAAAAUUUGUCUUAAUUGUUACUCAGUUGUUGUUGAGGUACACAAACUUAACACGUAUGAAAACUUCUGAUAAACCUUAUUAAAAAUCUACUGCCAGCAACUUCACCAUUCAGAGCUGUAGAUGUGAAAAGGGCAUUAUCUUGUAUAUGAAGCAAAUGAUAAAACCUACAGACCUCACAGCACCAGCAACUCUAAAGUGACAUUUUUUAACCCUCGUGUGGUUUUCACGUCUGUGGGACGUUUACCAAAAGAAAAAAUGAUGUGAUUUAUUAUUUCAGCCUCAGAUUCUUUGGUCUUUGCUCAUUUUCUCUGAGGAACAUAUGAAAUAACACAUUUUCAGUGACUGUAAACACCCCCACACGUGGUGUUGGGUGAACCCCCGGGGAAGUGUGGAAGUGCUGUGUCCAGGGAUGGGCGAUAAAACGAUAACGAUAAUCAUCACAAUGUAACUUUCCUCGAUAGAGCAAUAAGAAAUGUUCGAUAAAUCUUCGAUAUAAUAGACCAUUCCCACACUUCCGCGUUUAGCGUCACUUUUCUUCUGCAAGGAAAGCGUCACUAUUCUGUCGCCAGGAGAGGCUGCGCUUCCAAGUUUUUCGACGUGACUAGAGAGGGAGGGGGAGACGAAUAAAAUGAGUCGCUGAAUAGAAACGGUAGAAAUGUGAAGUUAUAAAUUCCCUGUUUGAGUGGAUCAGUGAUCUGUUCUCCUGUGACCAAGUGUGAGUGACAAUAUAAGUGGUGUAUCUGUACUGACCUACAAUGACCUCACCUCUUUCCUAAGAUCCUAACAAGCUUUAGCAGCAUUUCAUCAUGUCUGCUUCACACACCUGCAGCACUGUUAUAGCACUGAAAAGGUCAUAUUUUAGUAUUAGUGCAUCCCCAAGCAACGAGAGUGAAAGAAAGAAGUGGGUUCAUGUGAAUUACAGCCCUGACGAAAGUGAACUCAGGAAGCUGUGAGGCAUUGGAGAGCGGGAGAAGAUCUUUCCAGGCUAACACUUUUUGUCUAAUCCUUUAUAACCGUUUGUACUAUAUAUGCAAAAGUUUGUCCACAUCUGGUCAGUUUUUUUUAAGUGAAAAUAUAUUAACACAUCCUCUACAAAGACCUCACUUCUGCACACUUUAAUACACAUUUGCUGUUUUUUGAUGAAUGUAGUAUAUUGGAAAAAUUAAGUUUAAAAUGUGGCCUAUGCAAAAGGCAGAUUUUAUACUUCAUGUUGUAUUUUUGCAGUUUGUUCCCUGUUGGUAACUUAUUUUUUCAGCAAAACGUAAUUUGAGCAGGGAUGUUCAGACUUUUGUGUUCGACUGCGAGUCUGUCAGAUAUUACAAUAGUGUAGAACUUCUUUCUUUCUUUCUUUCUUUCUUUUUUACAAUUUUAUACAACAUACGGUCUGAUGUAAUGAUGAGCUCAGAUCCAGCACAGAACAAAAAUCCUUACCAUGCAUGAAAACUUGAGAUAUACCCUGUUAAAUGUCAUCUGCCAGCAACUUUAUUUUUUAGCUUUUUUCAGCAACUUUAUGAUUUAAGGCAUUAAAUGAACGCAAGUAAUAAAACCUACAGACCUCACAGCACCAGCAGGGCUAAAGAGGUAAAACAACAGGAAGAUUUUAUGUAGUUCUGUUAUUAAAUAUUAAUAAAUAAAUAUAAUAAAUGAAAGGCAAAGCGGCGUGGGCAUGGAGCUCGGUAACAGUAAGUAAGUUAGUGUGGGUUACCAAAGUGAAAAUUUUGUAAUUUUGAUUUAUCAAAUGUUUAUAGCACCAAAUGAUGAAUGUGAAAUAAACUUUUUGCAUCUUGGUA